UAUAGUGCCGCUUUACGAAUUUCCAAUUACAACCUCACAAUCAUUACCAGACUUUGGCUUUUGCAUGUAUGACUAAGGACGAGAGGAUGUACUGAAAGUCGUUUUUGGAAGAUUUAAGGCAACUUGAAAAAAAGCGAGGCGAUAUUUGGUUUCUUGUUCCCCCUUGAAGACAUACCCGUUUGGACUCGACCGAUUUACCGCAAUAAGGUGGGUUUACCCAGAGUUUGAAUUGACACACGAGAUUCAUCUGAAAGUACUUUCGUGGGACCUGAAGACUUUUUACAGAAGCCUCCACUGGAUUCAGUAUUAUUUUCAUUUAAACAGAAAGGAUGUAUCGAAACUUUGGGAGUCAAGGGAGAGGCAAUCCGGCGUACACAGGCAGCGUCUCUGGGUCAAACCCCCAGGGAAGCACCAGCACUUCAACCACAGAGCAGGAGCAGUUUACAAUGGCUGGCAGCAGUCAGUUUGUACCAAGCCUCAAUGCCAUCACAACCAACCAGGACCUGCAGUGGUUGGUCCAGCCCUCACUCAUGCAUCCAUCGGGGCCUUCACAAUCUCCAGUACCUCCCUACCCAACCCUCUCAGGGGCACGGCCUCUGGGUCCACCACCUUCCCAUUUUCUCAGACCAGGGGUCAUAAGAGCAGCUGCAAACACUACUGCUUCAACAAGGCGCAGGAACGAUGAACAUUUAUCCCAGGAGGAGAUAGAGAGACGUAGAGUAAGAAGGGAGCGGAAUAAACUGGCAGCAGCAAAAUGUCGCAAUCGCCGCCGGGAGCUGACAGACACACUGCAAAAUGAGACUGACCAACUGGAGGAUGAAAAGUCCAAUUUACAGAAGGAAAUAGCUGAAUUACAAAAGGAGAAAGAAAAGCUUGAGCUGGUCCUGGAGGCUCACCGUCCCAUUUGUAAAAUAGAGGAAUCAGAUUCGGAUUCAGACACAAAUCCAUCAAAUUCCUCUUUGGGAGGCAUUAAACUUGAGCCACAGGACUUCAGCAGACCUGGACCCUCAACCAAACUAACAAGAAAGAUGGAGAAGCCUAAACCAAAGAUAACCAUCCCCACCAACCCUGUGAAAUCGACUGGAUCUGCUGUUGCCACUGAAUCAGAGUCUCUCCACACCCCGGUUCUCACAUCUUUCACGGCUGGUAUGGUUUUCACCUACCCCUCUGCUUCUUUAGACACCAGCACCUCCAUCACAUCCCAUGCUACAACACAUCAGGGAAACAUCAACCAGUCUCAAGCCCCAGAGCCCUGUGGGAUAGCUCAUCGCCGCAGCAGCAGCAGUGGAGACCAAUCGGAUCACUCCCUGCACUCCCCAACCAUCCUCACUCUGUGAUUGACGGUCAUGUCAUCCUGGAAAAACACUAAUGCUCAUUUCAUCAUGUGUGAUCAAAAGAAUCUGUGGGAAACAUGAAAGAAAUGAAGAUGAUGAUAACCAUUUCAAAAGGAGCUGCGUGCAUCUGCUUCAUUUCUUCUCUUUAGAAAGUUGAUUCUUUACUUAGAUAAUAUGCAAAUAAGUGGCACUAUAAGGUUAUGAAUGUUACACUCUUUUUAGUAUUGAUAUAAUAUAAAGUUUUUAUAUUCCUCAUUUUGAAACCUAUCAAGUAGAAUGAGUAUGUUUGAGGUUGAUUAUGAAAGCAUUGCAUGCAGAAUUAUAGAAUUCUACAAGCUUUCUAGAAAUAACUGAUAACUCCAUCAAAUAAUAUAUUUAUACCGUUAAUUCAGUAUAAUAUUUUAUUUAAUGACUUUGUUACAUUGUCAUGUUAUGUAACACUUUAUAAACGUCCUCACCAAGGGAAAUACAGUACUUAUAAAUAAAUUGUCUUUAUUUUUUAUGAAUAUUUUAAGAAUCCUAAUAUUGUCUAUGCAAAUUAUUGACCACUAAGGCUGGGCCGUAGGAGUUAAUAUAGAUUAGAUCAUCACAUAUUUAUUUUUUAAGAGUGUAAUAUAUUGCUGUUAACGUUUUUAUUGUCUCUGACAAAUGAACUGUUUUGGUGGGCAGUGUGAAGCUGUACUACUUCACAGACAAUAAAGAGCAAAGGUUCAUAACAAUGUGAAA